GUGGAAGCAUGGAGCCUGCAUUUCACAGAGGAGAUCUCCUGUUCCUCACUAACCGAAUUGAAGAUCCGAUCAGAGUGGGAGAAAUCGUGGUCUUUAGGAUAGAAGGAAGGGAAAUUCCUAUAGUCCAUCGCGUCCUGAAAAUUCAUGAGAAGCAAAACGGUGACAUAAAAUUUUUGACAAAGGGAGACAACAACGCUGUUGAUGACAGAGGGCUGUACAAACGAGGGCAGCACUGGUUGGAGAAGAAGGACGUAGUAGGGCGAGCGAGAGGAUUUGUGCCCUAUAUUGGAAUAGUGACUAUCUUAAUGAAUGAUUAUCCAAAAUUUAAGUAUGCAGUCCUCUUUUUACUGGGUUUAUUUGUACUGGUUCAUCGAGAGUAGCCUCUUGCACUGAAGUACGAAGUGAAGGUGGCAUCGAUUUUUUUUAGAUGAAUGUUUUAAGUAGACGAUGGUCCGGUGUGCCGGGAGGAAGAAGAAAACAUGCAUUUCAAAGCUUCUUGCCAGUUUGGGUUUUUAUUUUGGUUUUUUACUGCGUAAGGGCCAAUGUUUGUCACAGUAUUUCCAGUGGUUUGUCACAUUUUAGCAUUUUUAGUGAGUUUUUGUAUUAAAAAUUUAAGCCAAACUGUUCAGUGUCUGUACUUUGAAGCUGAGCUUCCUCUCAAAGUGCCUACAGGACUGUGUCCUCUAAGCCUGUGCCUCCACUGGGCAAGCGUGACCUCUGCCUGCACUGACGGAACUGUCGAACAGCGAGCUGUGGAGGUGGUGUUUUUUCCAAUGCAGAACUGGAAUAAAGAUUUUGCAUCUCGCC